UUCAACAUGGAGACGUACAAAGAGAUGCGCAUAAACCUGAUGUUGGUUGUAAUAAUUGGAUGUUGUGUAGCGUUAAAGGUAUCAAGAGCUAUCACUGAUUCCUGUCAAGUAUCAAAAGAGACUGUGGAUAUUGUUGAGGAUUGUCCAGACAGUUUGGAGAAAUGGAUGGAGGCUGCAGCAAGGAAGAACUGUGAAGCUUAUGCCAAUCAAUGUGAUGAACCUGAUAGACUUGAGUACCAUUGUGUUAUCAAUGCAUUUAUCAAUCAGACCCUAGAAGUCUGCGCCUAUAAGAGGUUUAUCGUUUCAGGUUUCUGCGCAGAAUACAAUUUUGGUGGAAAUCUUAUUCAACAGAACUUCAGGACAAAUUGUUUCAAGUUUACACAAAAUCCAUGUCCCAGUUCAUAUCCAUCAACAGAUGCGUAUAAGUAUCCUGGUUGUUAUGAGAUGACAAAAAAGACAACAGUUGGACCAGCAACAAUUACUACUUUCUCAACAGUUAAUGCCACUCAUAUGAAUAAUUACAGGCAGAAUGAACAUUAUCUGGAUUUUACAAGUUUACUUGAAGAACAAUCAAAUGGAGUGUCAUCAACAGUCAUAGUCAUAGUAUUAAUUUUAGUGGUUCUAGUCUUAGUUCUCACUGUGUGUGUGUACAUGUAUAUACGUUUUUGGAGGACAAAGAAAAGAAAAAGAGAUUCCAAUUAUAGUACUUGUGUAGAGGAAUCUCCGAUGUUAAUAGUAUCAAGGGAUACAGAAACAGGAAGCAGAAAUGUUGCACCAUCUGGACAGUGCAUUGGAAAUGGAGAAAAAACAAGAAAAAUAAUGACCGUUGAGGAAGAAAUAAUGCCUGAACAUUUUUUGAAACCAGAAAAAGACCUCAAGCAGGAUUGCCAAACUCUGCUGUCCCUCCUUAGUGAUGGAUUUGAAAGACUUGCAGUGAUCAGUUCAGAAAACUGCAGUGCAGAAAAUCAACCCAAUUUGAUAAACCUUCAUCAUGAGUAUUACAGCCCAGAUCUAAGUAUCUCGCAAGAAUCAACACAAAUACUGGUGAAAGACCUUGCACAAGUCGAAUCUUUGAUUGAUUAUUUUGAAAAAUCAAAAAAUAAGCAAGGUAUUUGCAAGGAGUGAUUUAACUGCAAUAAUGUAGCCAUCUCCCAUUUUUGUCUGCCUUUUUCUUGACAGAGUUAAAAUUCCAUAAGAUAUUAGUAAAUAAAUGAUUUAAUUUAUUUGACUCCGAUUUAAUUGAUUUUAUUUUAAAAGUUAGAUUUUUUAAAUUUUUAAAGUUUAAAAGAUUUUUGAUUCAUGAUUAACCCUACAUGUACAUGUAAAUAAACACCCGAUUAAAAAAAAAACGCGCAUAUUAACCAGUCGGUUUUCCAGAAACAUGGUAUGUCUCUAGUCCUCUUUAAAGAAUUUUGUUUAGAGUUUUGUUCAUCGCUAGCCAAAGGGUUUAAGAUCCAAUCUGCUCCUCUACAGGUCUGUAGAGUUUUGUUUGGCUUGAUAAAUUUAAUAUGAGUUCAAAUUAGGCAGUCUUACGUCAUUCCAUUCCUAAAACAACAUUUAUGAAAAACGAUAUGUGAUGAAAAAUUCAAAUCUACUGCAUUAUUUGAGGUAGCUCGCGGGUUUACAUGCUUGUGAGAAAACCUACCUUGAAAAUUUGUCUACGUGAUCCAUAGGUUUCAGAAAUUUAUUUCUAAAAUUUAUUUGAAAUUCGUCUGCGUGGUAAUAAUGUUACCGUGUUUUAAAUACAGUGUUAUUGACAAAAUCAAGCAACGCCAUUUAAAUGAAAUAUAUAGUAAAAUGCACAUCUUAGUCGAGAAACGCAUUACAAAACUAAGCUCCAAUCUUUUAAACGAUUCGGACGAAAUUAAUUAUACUCAACACAAUAAAAGAGAAGAUAAUUUUGAAUCAAUUCAUAAAAAAUAAUCAGUAUGUGUUCUCAGCCAAUUUUUGGCAACACAACUUUAAAGAUUUAAAAGAUUUCUCAAAACCUUAUAUUUUCAUUACGACGUUAGCCCGACGUCAUUAUUUCUUUACGUCUGAGAACCCCAAAAUUCAAAUGCAUUUAUUGACAAGACUAGCUGAUUAACAUAUUUUAGAACAUGUAAAUAAUAAUUAUACAUUAUUGUGAAUGUUAUCAAAUGCACAAAUCCAAUUAAUGUAAGGCUGUAAAGAUACAGAAAAUUGCUAUUUUUGUUUUUAUGAAACUCUAAGUCAAUCAAUGCAUAAAAAAAAAUUGCCAGGUAACAAAUGAUAUCAAAGUUUGUAAUCGUAAAAAAUAAUUAGCUAAAACCAAAAGAAUUUUAAAAAUUUGAUCGGUAGUUAAAAUUACGGAAGUUAUAAUUGUAAAAAAAAAAAGGCAAAGUUAAUGCAUACGGUUCAAUUAAUUUUAUACUUGUCUAUUUUAAAACAUGAUUUUAAAAAGAGUUCCAAUGCACAUUAUACUUUAUAGAACAAAAUGUGACAAUGUAUGUGACAUCUUUAAAUUUUCAGCACUUGAUAAUAAUAAAUGUUUGUAUAAAUAGUAAUAAACUGCAUUUAUUAAUAAUCUUUUUUAAAAAUAUUUCCUUUCAUGCUUCUAAAUAUCUAAUUUGUCAUUUAAUAAAAAAUGUGGCCUAUGAGUUUACUAUGACGGUCAUCUCUUUACGUCGAUUCCUACUGUGACGUCAGCAAACCCGCGAGCUACGUUAAUUUGUUUUAAAUAGGUAUUUCUAUAUUUAGUUUAAGAUAUGCUUCUCAAUCCUCAUUGACUGUCCAUAUCGAUCAAGGCCAGUAAACGUGGAGGGAAAUUCAAGAUUUUUUAAUUGAUGAGUUGAGCGGGAAUGGCUUGGACCAUUACGUGGUUCCUAAAUGAUUGUACCCCCUCUCACCCCCUCCCUACGAGAAAUGAAGGGGAAAAUGGUAGAGGGCUAAAUUGUUGCAGCCUGGAAUGAUUUAACUGGAAUAACAAUGUAUCCCACAUUUUUUUAACGUGUUGUAAAGAAGUGUUGUUGUUUAAUGUCAGCUAUUUAGCUAUUAAUUUAAGCAUUUAUUGUACUGUGAUUACCUUGAUACAUACAUGUACUAAUAAUACUGAUACCAUUACAAGUCAAUAUCUAUGUUUUUCUUCUACACAUUGUUUUAUUUCCUAAGCCCCUUUCACAAUUGGCGCACGGGCAGAAGCGACCAAAUAUUCGUGCGACCAAAAAAGUUAGAUAUGAAUCGUUACUUGUUGCCGAAAUAAUCGCAUAUGAAAAAAGUAUUUGUACGAAUUUCGCACGAUCUAAGCGAGCGUUAUGCGAUGUAAACGCAUUGAAUCUUGCGAUAUAUCUUGCAUCUGUAUGCGACUGUUGUACAAUGAAAGCAACUGUUGAAAGAUAGGAACGCGCGAGAGACUAGGUGAUCGGACGAUUGAACGUGCGCCAAUGUGAUUGGACGUGCGAUUAUGCGUUUCAUGGUACGAAUGAUCGUGUGAGUCAGAGGGGGUAUAUAGACCGCCCAUAUUCAGUAGACAUAGUUGAAAGCGAGAAAAAUACAGAUUUGCAGUAGCAUUUAUUAUUAGGCCUUAUACCUCAAUAUGAAUAUUAUAUUAUAUCUGAUUGGUUUAGAUAGUCACGUGACAGGGCAAUGUCAUAAGAAUGAAAAAGCCGAUAUGAGCAUACGAUGUGGACAAAUAUGACAAAUCAAAAAUAUUUAACCAUUAUGAUUCUCUUUAUAUCUCAGAACGAACUUAACUAUCUAUGAUUUAUGAAAGGAAAGUGAGACAGUUGCAUGGAAAAUCAAACAAUCACGACGUUAAUGUUGCGACUGUUAAAAAGUCAAACAUUAUUAGAAAUCAACGUAUGUUGUGUAAUCAUUUGUUGCUUGGUAUAGUAAAACGUUUAUUGCAUUAAUGUCAAAGGAAUAUGAAGAUUUAUUCACCAGAAAAAACAUCGGGAAAUAUGAUUUUUCUUGAGGAAAAAAAUCUUCAUACAAUGGCAUGUAUUUCCCUCACCAACAUGCAAUAAAUGUAUAUUGUAAAUUCUGUUCUUAAACAGAGAAUAUAUGAAAUAGGGUAUAUAUACUAGUAGCAAAGCAUAGCAUAUUGAGGCUGAUAAUUCGUACAAUGAUAGUAAAACGUUGCAAGAUUACAUGAGACACACUGAGCAACAGUCUCACGGUCGCAAAACAGACGCAUAAACACCAGCGAUUUAUCUUACGAUCUUAAUAAAUCGUGUAACAGUCUUACGAGUACACAAAAAGUUGUAAAACGUUCGUACGUAAGUUCGUGCGUUGCACUGCAAUAAUUUGGAUCGCGUCUGAAUAGUGUGCAUGUCCACUAUUAAGAGGAGACUUGAUGCUACCAGUAAAACGUAUGCAACGAAUGCGAGAGCUCGUGCAACGUAUGCGGGAGCUCGCGCGAAGCUCAACAACUUCGAUCGCAAAGUGGUGUAAAGUGGUCGUCCGCCAAUUGUGAAAGGGGCUUUACAUGUAGAUUGUUAAGGAAAGUUAUAGAAUAUACAUUGAAUAUUUUAUUCAUGUUUCACCCUGCUAGUAAAGCAAAGACUUAGUUUAUUAGAUACAUGUUGUAAGUUGACAUGAAAUCAUAAAAUAAUUUUAUUGUAAUUUAAUUAUGUCCCAUAUUUCCUUGCAAACGAGGUGCAUAGGUAUAUAAGAAUUAAAAUGUAUGUCUAUAUGUCUAUUAGGUUCUCAAUUUUUAAUAUUUAGUCUAUAUCUUUAAUUAGAUCAUAUUUAAGAGAUUUGGACUGUUCUAUCAUGGUAAAGCCAUGAACCCUAUCUGGCUUCAUUGUUCAAGGUCAAUGUUACUUCAUCAUUAGUAUUAAAGGUAUUUAAAAAAAAUAUCGGACGAAGGCAAUAGUACCUGUUUUGAAUUUCAUCGCUAGGCAUCUGCCGAUUGUAUCAGACUGAAUGUUCAUUUUAAUAAUAUAAUGGAUGUUUUACAAUGUACUUCCUAUCAAAGUAUUCGAGUUGUUGGAUAGCUAAAUAGGCGUACACAAAUGAAAAGAAAAUAAACACACUUUUUUUUAGAAAAACAUACUUACGAACUUUUUACAAUAAUCGUAACAGUUUGUUUUAAUUAUCUGGAUUUUUUUUUUGAGGGGGCGAUUUAUCAUUUCAUUGUAUACUUUUUUAUUCUUAGACUAAACGUACGAUCAUUAAUAUAACUCCUCAAUGUUUUGUAAGAACACGCAGUGCUAAUGUGUUAGGAGGGUCAUUGGGAUAGCCUAAUAUUGAGCUUUAAAAAAUUAGACAAUAGACAUCGUUAUGAUUUACAUGAUUUUAAACAGAUUUACGUUUUGAUGUUAUAUACUCAUUAUCAGUGAAUGUGCUACGUACAUGUAUUUAUUAUCAGAUGAUUUAAUAAUUAUGUUGUAGUAUAUUAAAGAAUAGUGACCGCUUCAAAUCAUUCGUUGAUUCGGGUUAUAAUUGUUCAGUAGUAGAAUUGUGUUUUCAGCCUGUUUGGUGAAAAAAUGUAAAAUAUAAAUCAUAUUUUUGUUUUAUUAAUUCAUGUCAGCUUCAAGAAUACCAGUGUUUUUGGUAUAUUGUUGGUUUAGUCCAAUGUUCAAAUAACUGCAAUAACAGUUGUAUGUGUGUAUUUAUAUAUAUUAUAUGUGUUCCUUCCAUUAGUGAGCCUAUUUCACAAGUCGUUUUAAAUUCAGUUUCUGACUACAGGUGAGCUUUUCCUGCCUUUUUGUUGCUCGGAUAUUAAUUUUAAAUAAACGUCUUACU